AGUCCCAAUUUCCCAAAUUGAAAAUAAAAAUGGGGGAUUUAAGGGAAGAUCGAGGGGAAGAUCCAGUAGAAGACUGCUCUAGCAGUUCUAAUUCUACCAUGUCCACUCUGAGUAAUGAAGAAAAAUAUCAGAUAUUGCUAGUUAUGGGUACUGGGGGCAUAGCUGCAGUCAUCAUUUGUACUGUUGCACUGGCAAUGGCUCUGAUGUUCAAGCUUCAUCACUACUUUGUGCACAGGUUGGCAAUUUAUCAAGUACUGGCAGCUCUUUUUUUCGGAUUUGUGUGUGUACUAGAAACUAUAUUCAUCAAUUAUGAUAAGAACCAUAAAGUAUAUGCUCCACUCUGUGAGGUAACAGGAUUUUUGCUAGAGUAUGCUGUAUGGGUGAAGCUUUUAAUCAUGUCUUGCUUGACAUUUCAUUUACUCUGCUUUUCUGUAUGUUACACAAACUUCAAUCGGCUUGAAUACGCUUACAUUUUAAUAUCAAUUGUGAUACCAUUGUUAUUUUCAUGGAUACCUUUUAUUCAUGGGGUCUAUGGGCCAGCUGGAGCAUGGUGCUGGAUACAAAACUGGAAGAAAGAUUGUGCUGAUAACAAGCUGUCGGAGGGCGAAAUUGAAGAAUAUGCCUUGUUGUACGGCCCUGCUUUUAUCUGUUUGUCAUUAGCCUCACUUUCUGUAUUUGUCAUUGUGAUUGUACUAACUUGGCGUGCAUAUUGCCAUCAGUCUAAAACUGACUCUUUUUCUGUUCCAUUACUAGAUUUAGGAGAAGCUCAAAAAAGAAAGAAGGCCUUGAGAGAAAUCCUCCCUUUGGUAUCUUAUCCUAUCCUGUUUAUAAUUUUCUUCACGCCGUCUUUUGUCAAUCGAAUAAAAGGUGCUAUUAUGAAGGAUGCAAGUAUGUCCAGCUUCAUGUGGAGUGCAGCCACUACUCCUUGUUUAAGUCUUUUUGCUGGACUAGCUCUAAUUGUGCAUAUUGGAAUUUUAAAGUGUCAAAAGCAAUAUUUCAAAAAUAUUAGGCACUCAAAUAAUCGACCGUGUAAAGAGAUACAAUCACCUUAUGUUGAUAUUAAAACAGAUAUUUUCACUUCUGAGACUGUAGCAUCAACAAAUGCUAGAAGCCAAUGGAUUAUGCCAAAUGAAAGUGACAUUGAUGACUAAAAGUUGUAUUUUUUGUGUACAUAAAUGCAUGUUACUCUAGUUGAUGUGGUAAUAAUGCACUACUCUUGUUUAAAGUUUUGAGUUCAGAAUAAUAGUCUUCAUUUA